AUUUUUAUAAUGGUUAUUGGAAAAUAUGUUAGUAAAAAUAAAAUUUUGAAUAUAUGUAUAUUUUUGAAUGAAUUUUUGGUAUAAAUCAAUUUUAAAUUAUUAUUUUGAUUUGAAUAUGUAUAUCAAGUAACAUAAACAUAUUACUUUUUAAUACAAUGUAAUGGACUUUCAAUUUUUUUAAUAGCAUAAGUCCACUACUUUUUUUUUUCCUAACUUACUUGAUAUCAAUGUUUCCAAACAGCACUAUCUUUUUUUAAUUACUAUCUAUCUUUGCAAAAAAAAAUUUAAAGUACUUCUACUUUAAUAAGAUAGAUUACUUUUUAAUACAAUGUAAUGGACUUCCAAUUUCUUUAAUAGCAUAAGUCCAUUACUUUUUUUUCCUAACUUAUUCAUAUCCAUGUUUCCAAACAACACUAUUUUUUUCGAAUUGCUAUCUAUGUUUCCAAACAAAAGUUUAAAGUACUUCUACUUUAAUAAGAUAGAUGUUUGUUCAUUAAUAUACUAACCUGGGCAUUCAUUUUUUCGGUUUGGUUUUCAGUUUAGUUCAGAUAACAAUAUUAGGAACACGAUAUAAUUUUGAAUUCAAUUGAGUAUUGGUUCGGUUCCCAUUCGGAUAAUUUCGAAUAAUUCAGGUAAAAUCACAUUUUUUUGAAUUUUUGGAUAAAUAAAAUAAUUCGGAUAAAAAAGUUUCGGAUGAUUUUGUUCUAUCAAAAAAUUAAGAUAAUUUUAAAUAUUUCAGAUAAAAAUAAUAGGAUAAUCCAGUUUUUGGCUAAUUUGGGUUAUAGUUUGAUAAUUUUAAAACUAAAUAUUAUUAAUAAUUUUAGAUAUGUAAACUAUAUUUUGGAUAUUUGGGUUGCCUUUUUGGUUCUUGGUUUGAUUUCGAUUUAAUAUUUUUUGUUCUAUAGAUAUAGGAACCAUUCAGAUAUAUGUGAAUAUUGAUUCGGUUCUAGUUUUUUUGUUUCAUUUCGAUUUUCGGUUCUCGGUUCAUAUGUCGGCCUGGAUCUGUUUGUAAAAUCUGUAUUAUAUUUUAUAAAUACCUGACAACAUUUUAUUUUAAUGAGAGAUUUAAUAAAACAUUAAGACUGUUUUCAUAUCAAAACACUACAAAAAUCCUCUUAAUAAUUAUAAAAAUAUUCUGAGUAUUUUGAUGUUUAUGACUAUGAAUUUUAAUUAGUUUUUAUUGAUAUUAUAUAAUUAAAUACGAUCAAUAUAUUAACUAAUAUAUUUUUAUAUACUGGAAAUAUUUAGUAAAUAAUGAGAAAUUGGAGGGAUGUUCUUAAAGUUCUUACAUAUUUAAUAAGUUCCCAUCAUCUCUGUUAAAAGAAUAUUCAGGUUUUAAUAUUAAAGAUUUUAAUGAUCUCAAAUGUAGAUUUGCUCCCAUUUAUUUUCAAAAUAUAAGAUUUUCUCUAAUUUACUUUUAAAAUAUUUUCGAAUUUUAAGCAAAUGUUUAAAUUUGGCACAAAAUCUUUCAUUCUCAAUAUUUACAAAAUUUUAUUUUUUUCCUAUUUAUUUUCCAACUAAAAUUAAUAUGUUUAAAUUAAAAGUUAAAAAUAUCUCUUGCUAGUUUAGAUCUUUCUAUAUGAAAAUUUGAAAUUUUAAAUAUAUUGAAUAACGAACAAUAUAGUGUAAAACAAUAAUUAAUUACAAUCUACAUAGACUAUAAGUACUGGACGGUAAAAAUAAGAAGAUUAUAAAUUAUGAUUCAUAGUAAAUGUCGUAUAGUAUGUGAGGAUCAAAAUGAUUUUCUGUGCGCCGGUGUCAAUUAUAUUAUGAAACAUAUAGUUAUGAAUAAAAUAAUUAAAAGUGAUAACAUGUUUGAUGAUAUAAUGUAUUGAUAAUACGUGAUUUAGUAAAUUUGUUUUUUUGAUGUAGUAAAUUACAGUUUAAUUGUAUAUUUGUAUUGAUAUGUGUUCACUCGAGAAUUAUGUAUUCAUGGUGAGGUUUUCUUUUGAUAAAGUAUUUUUUACGUUGAACAUAACAUGUAAUGAUAGUUUACAUUUACGUUGUGUGCCUUGUGGGUUCCAAAUCUUGAUACGUACAAAUCUUGGUUCAUUUAGUUUGAUAGCUUACGUUGUGAUUUGUUAUAAUUUAAAUUAUACGAGAUAUUUGCGCGCAUGCACGGAUUAAGUUUUUAUAAUAAUGUUUGUUUAUUAAAUAAUUUUAAUAUUUUACAACAUUACAAUCUUGAUCGAUUAUAAAAAGACGAAUACAAAUAUAUCAUCGUUUAUAAAGAUUUAUGUAUUACAUCUCAUUUUAAUUAUUUUUAAUACUUCAUAUUCAUAUGCACAAAAAAUAUUAAGUUUUACGGCUGACACAAAUCACCAAAACCAAAUAGACAACAUCGAUUGUCUAAUGACGAAAGAGAAUUAGGUUUUCUGCUCUCAAUUUGUUUACUAUUGACUCUCCAUAAGUGAUUUCAUUUUCUACCUCUAUAAAAUUGUGCUUUCGUUCUCGUCUUUCUUUCAUUGAUAUGAGUUAAUUUUUUUUUAACUUCUUCUAUGAAUUUGGUGAAUUACAUAAGUGUCAAUUUAAAAAUUUGGACAUUUGUAAUAAUUAGUUUCACUUCAGAUAUAUAUAUAAAACUCAAAAUUUUGAAAAAAAAAAUCACUGGCAAACUGUAUUAACAGGUUAGUGUUCAAAUCUAAUAUAUCAAGCUAUUAUAGAAUAUAAGUGCAGACUCUAAAUAUAAUUGUCUGUCUAGUAUAUAUAUUCACGAGCUCGGUCUAAAAAUCAUCAAAUUAUAGAACAACAAAAAAAUUUCUUAUUUCACCAGUUCAUAUAAUAUCUAAAUCCAAACGGAUAAUAUUCGAACCCGAAUGAAUAUCCGAAGAUAACCAAACUUAAGUAUACUUAAUCCUAUAUUUCUAGUUUACUUCUCUUAUUUUAUUCAAAUAUUUAUAUUAAUGAUGCAUAUUGCUCAAAAUUAGAUAAUAUACAUAUAAUUAUGGAUAAAAUCAUUUGCUACUCACUUAAAAUACAUGUCAAGUUUGUGUUUCUUGCAUUAACAAAAAUUGUAUCUAAAAUUUCAAAACAACAACUAAAUUAGUGUCUUUCUAUUUUUAAAAUUUUUUAUCUCCAAACCUAUUAAUAGUUUAAUCUUUUAAAAAUUAGAAAACCAGUUAAGUUAAAAUAUAUUUUAAAUACUAAAACUUAAACAAUGAAUUUUUUUUUAAAAAAUUUAAAUAUCCGAAUCCGGACCAAAAUAUUUGAACCCGUACAUAAAAUAUCUGAAUCCGACUUGAAAUGUAGAAAUACCCAAACGGGUUCUAUACCUUUAUACUGAAAUACUCGAUACAAAUCCGAACGUGUAUCCGAACGCCCACCCCUUUGAUAUAUGAUCAUGUGUACCUUGCUUGAACAAAAAGAAUUAAACCAUUGUUCACAAAAUUUUCAAUUUGAGACUUUUAACAUUUAUAGUCAUUUUUAAAAAUUCAAAAUAGAACAUAUAAGAAAAAAAUUAAUUUUUUUAUUAUAUGCUUAAUGUGAUUGUUUAAUUUAUUUUAAUAGUAUAAAAUUAAACAAAAAAGAGAGAGGUUAGAAAAUUUGUUAUUAAAUAUGUAUUAUUCAUAAUAAUUAAUUGUCAUAUAUAUGUUAACUAUAUUAGGUAAUUCUGUAGUUUUUAUCUAAGGAAAGAAAAAAAUAUGAUUUUGUACACUACUAAUUAGUUUGAUAGUUAGUUUAAUAAAAAACAUAGUAUAUGUUUAUAUAGACCAACUUAUUUUUCUAACAAUUUUAAUAAUCAUUCUCGUGAUGACACAUGGCUACGAAAACAUGUUGUAAUGUUCCAUAAUUAAUAUAUAGGGGAUAUGUAGAACUGAAAAUAUUAUAAAUAUAUAAGUUAUAUUUUAAAUAAAUUUGUACUAAUCACCUAAGUAAAUAAAUAAGAAACUAUAAUUUUAAGAUUUUAUAAAUUAUAAGCAUUAGAAAAUAUGAAAUCCUAAUAGAUAGCAAACAGAAAAUAUGUUUAACAAAUAACGUUUGAUUACCAUAACCUAACUGUUUAUACACUUUCUAAAUGAAAUGAAAAAAAAAUGGUUUUGAAAAAUGAAGAGCAUGACGUGUAUAGUUUAGAUUAUAGUUUAGGAUAAAGUUUGUUUAUCUGUUUCUCUUUCAUAAUGCAUGUCCUUUUGUCUGAGCUAAGCCAAAGUUGGUUAGAAAAUAACGUGGGGGAAAUGGUAAAGUUAAGAAGAACCGUAUAAACGAAUACUAUAAAUUCGGUACGUUGUUUUCCGUACAGAGUAUAUCCUGCGAAUAUGAGGCCGUAUAAAGCGUAUGUUAGAACAGUGUUUUAAUAGAAUUAAAAUCUAUACUAUUAUUCGAGAAGUGAAUUUGCUUAGUUGUCAUUUUCUCCAUAAUUUUAGAGAAUUUUGAUUAUUUAUCAUGUUUCAGUAAUUUUUAACUGAAUCAGUAGUUUAUUAAUUUGGAUAAUAUUAUUAUUUUAAAUUAAGUAUUAGUAAAUGUUAGGAUAUAAUCUAUACUAUAAAUCAAGAUUAUCUAUAUUUUUGAGUAAUAAUAGUAUAGUAUAUGUAAGUGAUAUUUAUCAUAAUCUAUCUUAUAUUAUAACAAUAUGCGAAUGCUAGUACGUAAAAGAUAUAGUUAACUAAUAUUAUAUAUAAUUAAUAUUUUUUGUAAUCUAUUUUAUCUACAUUAUUAUUUGCAAAGUGAUUUUUCGCAUUCGAGCUCUCAUAUUAAAAGUUAUAACGGUUAAAUAGGUGUACCCUUAAUGAAUAAUUAGCUUAGACAUUAGUUAAACAUAAAAUGUUUACAAUAAAAAUAAAAAUUAACCAAAAAAAACAUAUUAUAAAAUAUAUAUAUAGUUAGUGUAUAUCUCAAUGCUCCCGUUGAUGCAAUAGUGUUAUACAUAUUUUAAUAGGUUAUUUUAUGAACUUAUAUUAUCAAGAUAAACAUGUUGUUACGGUUUCUAUUUUCAAUAUGUUCUCACAAACAUCAUUUUAUAUGCAUUCUUUUAUUAAGUUUAAAAAACAAAGAUGUGCAGUUAUACGUUAAUGAAAAUUUUUUUUUGUAAAUAAUUCAUUAUAUAAUUAAUUAAAAUGAAUUUCACAUAAAUAAUAUUAGAUUUAUAAGUUAUAUUAGUUAAUUUCUUAUAAAUUAUAUAAUAAUUUUUUCAAAAUAAAAUAUAUUUUUAAAAAUAAGAUAAUUAUUAUAUAUUGUGUUGUUAUCUGGAAAUAAUAUUUUUAAAAUUAUGAUGUAAAAAUAUAAUUAAAAUUAAUUGAGAAAGAAAUUUGAAUAAGGAUAUUUUAUAAAAUAUUUUUAAUAUGUGAGUGUUUUAAAAAUUUAAUACAAUAAUAAAUAAAUAUAUAUAUUGAUGAAAUUUCAUAUAUUAUCAUACUGGUUUUUGAAUUAAUAAAUUAUAAACUAAUAAGUAUUCCUAAAAAAAUUAUACCCGUAUGUGCGAGCAAAAUACUUAGUAAUAAAUAUUUAUGGAGUUGUUUUAUUGUUUAUUUAAAAAUGAAAGGUAUUGUCACUGUUGUAAUAUAGGAAGAAGAUCGUUGUAAUAUAGGUAGAAGAUCAAGGGAAUCUAAAAAUAAAGAUCUUCUGUUGUAAUUGUAUUUGUAUAUACCAUAUCGUAAACUAUCUAUAACGGAAAGUUUUUAUUUGUAAUCUUGGGAUAAAGAGCUUGUAAUUUUCAGACUAUUGUGAGGUUAAGAGAAAAGAUCCUUCUCCAAAAUUAGAGGUUCGAAGCUGUGAACUGCGUGAACAAAUUGUUUGUGUUGUCUAUUUCUUUUGCUCAGAUUACUCUCAUUUUUCCAAUUGAAAUUCUGCACAAGUCAUGCCUGUCCGUUUCUUGACGCUGCAUUCGGUUGUAAGAUGUCUCAUGGUUGUGCUAACGGUGAUGGUAACAAAUAUAGUGGAGCCAGUGGAUGGAAAAGUCAACAUUUCUGGUCAACAAAAGCAAGCGAUUGAAUUCAGGCUUAAGCAACUCAACAAGCAAGCUCUUAAUUCCAUCGAGAGUUCAAACGGAGAGAUAAUUGAUUGCAUAUCUAUCGCGAAGCAACCAGCUUUUGAUCAUCCCAUGCUCAAAAACCAUACGAUUCAGAUGACACCUAGUUCUUAUCCGCAUGAGGUUUUAGCUGAAGAAAACAAUGCUCCAGCACCAAGCAACGACGAAGAACAACCAGAAAAUAUAGUUCAUCCUUGGCAAUUGGUAGGAGAGUGCCCUGAAAACACUAUUCCAAUCAAAAGAAUAACAAAAGAAGAUCUUCUAAGAGUAGAUGAUAUUAAGAAUUACGGGAAAAAAUUGAAUAUCUCUCGGCCUCAUCAAUUUUAUCAACCGACGGAUACAAGUGUCGAUAAUGGCCACGAGUAUGCUAUCACAUAUGUUAAUGGUGGUCCUUACCGCGGAACGAAAGCACAGAUAAACGUAUGGAAACCGCGGGUAGAAGCAGGAGAAUCCAGUAUAUCACAGAUAUGGAUCGUUGGAGGCAAAUUUGGUCCUGGUUUGAAUACUAUAGAAGCUGGUUCGCAUGUCAACCCGACUCUAUAUGGUGAUGAUAAUCCUCGAUUUUUUAUCUAUUGGACAAGGGACAAUUACCAGAAUACAGGAUGCUACAAUCUCAUAUGCCCCGGCUUUGUUCAAAUAAACAAAAGACUCACCCCUGGUUAUUUGUUAACACCCAUCUCCACCUAUAAUGGUUCACAAUUCAAAUUUACCGUACAAAUAUGGAAGGAUCCAAAGACAGGAAACUGGUGGUUACAAUUGAAUGAGCAAGAGUUGAUAGGGUAUUGGCCAAAAGAGCUAUUCACAAAUCUUGCAGAUGAAGGGGCAAGCACGAUUGAAUGGGGAGGUGAAGUGGUGAACACAAAGAAAGACGGACAACACACAACCACUGAAAUGGGAAGUGGACACUUUCCAAGUGAAGGAUUUGGAAAAGCAAGUAGCUUUGCACUCAUCAAAAUCAUUGAUAUGAAUAAUGGUAUAAUAGAUCCGGUUGGAGUUCAAACAUUAGUGAGUCGGCCUACUUGUUACGAUAUUAAAACUGGUUAUGAUAAACUAUACGGGGUUUUUUUCUACUAUGGUGGUCCUGGUCGUAACCCUGAGUGUCUUUAGAGAUUUCAUAUCUAUGUAUACUCUAAUUUGCUAAAGUUGUAUUGUGCUCCGGAUGGUUGUGAAUGUAGACCAAGUCUACUUCAUUCUCUAGAGUUAUUUAGUUAUAUCUAAAAACUAAGUUUGCUUAUUACUUUUUGCAUGUCUUCUUCUCAAAUUUUUCAAGUUUGGUUAUCACCUUUGGUUAUGGAUGGGAAUGUGUCUGGUGGAGAAAAAGUUUAGAACUUAAUUAACAGAAAUUAGGAAAACACUGAUACUGGUAAUGGUUUCAUAGUAUAAGAUGGGAGACAAACUCGUUGCAUCAAGUCAAGAAGGAAAGGAACCAACUGUCAGAUUUUAUCAUCAAUGAAAGCGUAUGAAAUUAAUGUAUUCAUGUAUUAGAGAUUAGGCAUAUCACCAAAGUGGCUGGUGGACAAAUCUAAUUGGUUUCCAUGGUUUACUAAAGUUUAUUAGGGAAUCCUAGUUCAAUGAUGGGUUUUUAAAAGUCUAAACUAGAUUGUGUCGGGUGGUUAUUUUUAUUUUUACACACAUAAAUAUUAUUUUAUACAUGAUUAAUUCUACAUAAUUUUAAUAUAUACCAUAUUACUAAUUGUUUAAUAUAACAUUUUAAAAGAUAAAAAUUUUGUUUUAAAAAUAAACACAAAAUUAACUAAAUAUUUAAAAGUUUUUUGAGUAAAAAAUAAAAUGUACAUAUAUGUUAUAAAUAAACACGAAAUUAAUUAAAUAUUAAAAUUUUAUUUUAAUGAAUAUAUUUAUAUUGUAAAUGGAAAUAUAUGAAAUAUUUUAUUCAAAUACAAUUUCAGAUAAAAUAUAGAAAUAUCUAUUUAAUUCAUUUAUUUUAAAAUAAUUUGAUUAUUUAAAUAUUUAUAAGAAAAUAAUCAUUUAAAUAACUAUCUAUGGGUGGUCCAAAAUAAAUAAAAAAUUACACAUAAAUUAAGUCAUGACUUCUGUUUUAAUAGUAUAGAUUCAAUAAUUAUUUAAUGAUUCUAAAUUAUCUUUAAUAUCAGUGUUAUCGGAAAUUAUAUUUGUAAAUUAUACAACAUAGAUUUUAACGCCUGGUGUUUUUAAUUAAGAUUUAUGCUAUCAAAAUCUAAUGUUAUUUAAAAUUAAAUGAUGUUAGAAACUAAUAUUAUAAUUUAACUACAAUUUUAAGUACUGUAUUAAAAUAUAAUGUUAUCAAACUAUUCUGUAAAAAAAACUGUAUAUAAAUCUAUUUGAAAUAAAGUCCAAUGGAUAUUUAUGAGUAAAUUAUUAAAAAUAAAUCCAAUGUAUAUUGAAAAGAUUUUAUAAUUUGCACGCAUAAUUUCACAAAGAUAAUAAUAAAGUUUGAUUAUAAGAAAUUUAAAAUUUUGAAAAAUCUAUAGAUAGACUUUAAUACUAUAAAAUCCUGUAAAUACGGAUCAACAUAUCUUAAAUAUGAGUAUUAAAAAAGUUUGAAAAAAAAAUUAUUGACAAAUUACCUUUUCCUCAAAGCAGUCGAGAAAAAAAAA